ACACAUUUUUUCGCUUUGAUUCUCUCUCUUUCUCUCUUCUUUCUCUAUUCUCUCUCUUUCUAUCUCAUUUUUUUUUAUAUUAAAUCUUCAAAAAAUUGCCAGAUUCCGGCCACAAUUUUUUUCUCGUCCCUCUCUGUUUCCUAUGUCUUCCCCUUAGAGUGCCCCAAUCCGUUUGGUGUCAAUUUACCAUUUUGCCCCUGUAUUUUCCCAAUUUACCAUUUUGCCCCUGUAUUUUCCCAAUUUACUUUUCUUACCCCCACUUUUUCACCCGAAGAUAAGAUAAUUACCGUGGUUAUUAUCUUUUUUUUAAAAAAAAGAAGAACUAUUUGUGUGAGUUUGGUUUGGUUGUAGUGACGUGGCAUGCGGAUAGAGAGCCAUGAAUACCAAAACGAUGCGUCUCCCACCUCGUCGCGUGUUGACACCUAGUGGCCCUUCCAAUAAGCGCAAAGAGAGAGAUGAGCCCUUCGACAGGCCCAAGUCCAUACCCGCCCCACCCAUCAAUAAAUUACCCAAGCCCGAUAAGCCCAUCCCCUGGCCCAUCUCCGAGCCCAAGCCGUCCAAUCAACUGCUGGCGGGCUACCUGGCCCACGAGUUUCUCACCAAAGGGACCCUAUUGGGCCAGCCGUGGGCCCCACCCAAAGGAAAGUCGUCCGUGUCGACGGAGGACGGCGGAGAGGAAGGAGAGCCGACCACCACGGCGGCAACGGCGGCCGCGACACCGUGCCGGAAAACAACAGCGGAGGAGCGGGAAAGGUACGCGGAAGUGGCGGGUUUGUUAAAGGGUGGUGGGACCCACUUCCCCGGCGUUGUGAACCCCACCCAACUCGCCCGUUUCUUGCACUUGUGAUGAAUGAUGAUGAUCUAACACAAAACCCACUGGGAGAGAGAGGGAGAGAGGGACACGUGGAACGAUCCUAUUCGCUCUCUCUCGUUUUGUCUCGGGGAGUGUAAUUUCUCCUCCGUCACCGUCUUUUUAUUUUUUAUUUUUGGGGGGCUUAAUUCAAAAGACAGAAGGAAAAUUUUCUGAUGCAUGCAACUUGUAUGUAUGUCAUCCCUCUUGAUGUAUGCAUUCUCAUGCGAAAUACAUGCUUUUUUUUUUCCUUUCAACAAUUUUUAAUCCUUUCAUUUGAUUUUGCUUUAAUAUAGUCUCUAUGCUGAACAAGUCUAGAUGUUUAUCUGAUCAUAUAUCUUACUGGCUUUUGUUUAUUUCUGCUUUUA